AAGGGAAUCUUGGAAAGAAAACUAAGAGGAAAAAAGAAAGAAAACUAAAAGAGAAGAAAGAAGUAAUAGAAAGAAAAACAGAAGAAAAAGGAAAAGAUAAUGAAAACAAAAAUAUGGAUUCUUGUAGAGAUUCAAUCGCCUGACGUUAGCGACCAUUAUGCCUCCUAAUCUGUGUAUUUAGAACUGUCUCCCAUGGCUCCAACUAAAGAUGUGGCAAAGAAAGGUGAUCCCAAAGCCCAAGCCGUCAAGGCUGCCAAGGCUGCCAAGGCUGUGAAAUCAGGAUCAACCUUUAAGAAGAAGUCAACAAAGAUACGAACAAAAGUCACAUUUCAUCGACCCAAGACAUUGAAGAAGGAUAGAAAUCCCAAGUAUCCACGGAUUAGUGCACCUGGAAGGAACAAACUUGAUCAGCCUCAGUACGAGUCAUGCCGAACUCCUGAAUAAUUGUGCUGAACUUACCAAACCAAGCUUGCUUGAGGGGACUGUUUCAAACCAUAUAGUGACUUGCGUAAUCUGCACACACAACCAUUAAACUCCCCCUGAGCAACAAAACCAGGUGGUUGCUCCAUAUAAACUUCUUCCUCAAGAUCACCGUGGAGAAAAGCAUUC